AUGUCUACGGUCGAUUUGGACUUGUCUAAGGUGCUCGAAAACCUCGAGCACGCAGCCGAAGAAUGCUCUUUGGAACAAAAGACUGAUGUUGUAUCGUUCUGUACCAUUCUGGAUGUAUAUCUCAAUGAUUUGAGUGUGUAUUCGGACGAGCAAAAGUAUCAGUUGAUGGAUAAGCUUACUGAGAUUUUUGAGGGCAACCACAAGUUGCUACACGAUGUUUCCUGGGAUCUAUUGCCGGUUUUUGUUAGCUUUCUUAAUGCGGACUACAAUCCCAGCGCGGGAGGACUUAGGCAAUCGCCGUCUAUCAUGAAGUUUAUGAAUCUUUGCGAACUUUUGGCUCUAUACGGCGAGCCUAAAGAGCUUCUUUUGGCCUGCUGUGACCGGAUGGAAUCAAUUAAACCAAGGACAGCCGAGGAUUUCAAGGGAUCUUCCGAAUUUCCUUUAAACGUGAUAAAUGAUGACUAUUUCCGUAGGUGUGUUGUCGAGAUUCACUCACUUUUCGAAAUCUGCAGCAGCUGCCUUCGUCGUAACACUACUCUCAGGCCUUCCAAGUUUCUUGGUGUUGCUGUUACUUCUCUAAUAAAAUUUCUCAAGACGCCAUCCGAUCCGGCCCGGUACUUGGUCAUUGUGAGGAGGUUCUACACGUUCAUUAGAGACUACACGCCUCCAGAUCUUCCAGAGAAGUUGCCUGCAGACUUUGAGGAGUCAGAGUUACCAAGGUUAGUCGCUGAUGAAAAUUAUCUUCAGCGGAAGUUGCUUGAACUGCUUUUUUCCUUUGUUGUUGAGUACAUGACAAAGAACUUGGGUGGUUCCUUGGUGGCACUGCUGGUUAGUGGGUUUCCUCAGGAAUACGUGUCUCGUGAUGCGCCAAGACUCGAGUUCAUUGGCCGUUUUGUGACGUUAGGUCUCUCUAUGGACUUACAGUUUGACGAGCUACUGCAACAGCAGUUGGAAGAUGCAGAGACUCUAUUCGCUGGUACCAGAAAGCUACAAACCAGCGAUGACGUCUUUGCAGCUGUAAUAGAGGGCUACAACAAGGAUAUGAAGAGAGAUACGAGGAAAUUGUCCAUGUGCCCCUCAUCUAUUGUGAUACUAUACACUUAUGGUGUCUUCGUGUGCAAAGAGCAGUUCUCGCGGUCUCCUCUUGAGGUAAUACCGCUCAUCAAGCUUCAACUUAAGCUUUUUGUUCCCUUCAGUAUCAGGCCCCAACUUGUUCAUAAUGCAGCUGUUGUUUGCAGCAUGAUUCUUACGCUAGAGGCCUUAGAGAAGGACCCACAGAGAAGCAGAAGCCAGCUGGCAGACCCGGCUAACGAGCUCUUGCUUCUCACAUAUUUGCAGAACCUUUCCGUCUUAUGCAUGAAUUCGGGAAAUGUCGUUGUAGUGCAAUUUUUUUACAGAUUUUUAGUGGAGUUACUUCUGAACUCGACAGAUAAGAUUGCUUACGGGUUCCUUCUUGAUACAAUCAGAAAUUGUCCACUACACGACUUGCAAGCCAGGUGUGUCACGAUUCUCAGGGACAUGAUGAGGAGGGAGAAGGUUCCGGCAGCCGGUAAGGACUUUAAUAGAACAGUAGAUGGGUUGAAAUCGUUGUCUGUGGAUUCUACAGUUGCGCCAUUUCCCUCUGAUGUAUCUGAGAAACCUCCUCUUCCUCCUAGAUCGUCCAAGGUAAUCGUGUUCACCCCUUCAAGAAGAAAAGAUAUCACGGACCUCUUUGACAAAGCGCUCGACGAGACCUCGGUUGAUCCUAUACAUUCCUCAGCGAAGCUUUUAGCUCUUAUAUCUUUGGUUACCGCUGAAAAGGAACAUUUCGACGCUGUGGAGGUCAUCAAAUGGUUGAAUGCCACGGAAAGUUUGGGCAGAACUCAUAAGAAGAAGGCAGAGAAAGAAACAGACUCAAAGAAAGCCGAAGAAUUGGCAGCUUUGGCAAAACUCCUAACUCUUGUAGCUGCUAAAAGCAAGGUCAACUUCCUUACAGAGGCUGACAUCAGGACUUGA